GGUGCCUGACUCGUGCUCGGCUGCAGCAGCAGCGGCGUCUCCCUUGUUACCGUCCGCCGCCUCAGCCAGCCCAAGAGUCCAACAGGCCAUGGAUGCGGUGGCUGUGUAUCAUGGCAAAAUCAGCAGGGAGACCGGGGAGAAGCUCCUGCUCUCCACGGGGCUGGAUGGCAGCUAUCUGCUGAGGGACAGCGAGAGCGUCCCGGGCGUGUAUUGCCUGUGUGUGCUGUAUCAAGGUUACAUUUAUACAUACCGAGUGUCCCAGACAGAAACAGGUUCUUGGAGUGCUGAGACAGCACCUGGGGUACAUAAAAGAUUCUUCCGGAAAAUAAAAAAUCUCAUUUCAGCAUUUCAGAAGCCAGAUCAAGGUAUUGUAAUACCUCUGCAGUAUCCAGUUGAGAAGAAUUCCUCAGCUAGAAGUACACAAGGUACUACAGGGAGAAGAGAUCCUGAUGUCUGCCUGAAAGCACCAUGAAGAAAAAUAAAACACCUUGUACUUUAUUUUCAAUAAUUUAAAUAUAUGCCAAGUCUUGUAUAUUGUAGAUAAUACAGUUCAGUGAGCUACAAAUGUGUUUCUAAAACCAUCAUGGUCUUGUAAUGGAAGCAUCUAGCCUGAUGUUAAAGCUGAAAUGGACUUCGUGGAUAACGAGGAUCUUUGAAAUGAGGACUGGGGAAAAAAUAAUUCUACAAGUUAUUUUCGGUUAUUAUAUUACAGAUGGGAAACAAUUUGAAGCAUCAUGAAUACUUCAUAAAAGAAUAAUGUCAAUUCUUGCCAAAUAUAAAUAAAAACAAUCCUCAGUUUUUGUCAAAAGCACCAUUUUUAGUGAGAUAUUAUUUGAUAGUUACUGAUUUUAAAAUAUCUUACUUGAUUGUAUGGUGGGAAGUUGGUUGGUGUCCCUUGUCUUUGUCAUGUGCAGUUCUCCACUAGUGGUGUCGCAGGUUCUGUUGGGAUUUAUGAAGCUGUACACUGUGUGCUAAAAGAAGUACUAAAUAAAGAGUGAAGAAUUUUCAUUUAAUUCUGAAAGCAACCUUCUUCCCCAGUGUUCUGAUGUUGGGUAGUAAAAUCCACAGACCAAUCCAGAGUUUAAAAUCCCAUAAUUUAAAAUAUGCUCCAAUGUUUAUUGUAUUUAAUGUUACAGGACUUGCUAUUAUAUUAUAAAUCUGAUGAAGUAUAUUUUCCUACUUUUCAUUUACCUCUGCCCCAGUUAUUUUUACUACACGUAAAACCUCAUUUGAAGAGAAACUUCAGCAGCUGUGGCUCACAAGUAACUGGUUUGCAAACAGCCUCCCUAUUAGGUAACCCUACAAGACCAUUGGAAAGCUUAUGGUUACAUUAAUUUUAACAAUCCCAAGUGAUUGAAACCUAGGCUAGAGUCAGAAUUUUAUGCAAUAUUUUCUUCUCACAUUUAUGUUUUCAUGACUUUUGUGAUUGAUUAUAUGUCAAGUUGCUUCAGGGCUCACAGAAUUCAUUCACUCAACAGAAAUAAUAGGGCACUGGAGGUAGAGAAGUAAAAACACCUGGUCUCAGCCUUCAGUCCCUCACUGUCUUGUUGGACAGGAAAAUAAGACAAUAA